GUGAUGAGAGAGCGAGAGGAGGAGAUUGACUGAAUUUCACGGAUAAGGGAGGAGCCAGGUUACCAAGGUGAAUACCGUUUAUGCUUCGUAUAGCCUGUUUCUCAUUUCCACGGCACGACUGACGGUCGAUCGUGAGCCAAACGAACAUCGCUCGUGAAAGGCAAUACCGACCACGGACCUGAGAAUACGAGAAACUUAGCGUCACGCACCAAAUAUUACAGCGACAACGAUGGAUGGGAAAAUAAGCAAAGCACAGACAUAACUGCACAGUCAACACGACUCAAUAACGGGCACCAGAUUCCCGAGCGCGCUCAUUGUAACGGAGCGGAGUGACUGAUCCAAUCUUUCUGACACACGUUCGAUCCGCGACAGUGGGCGCGUGGGGACGGAGACACAGAAACGCUGGAACCGGUGGAACCCUGUGGGUUUCUUAGGUGAGGGAAACGACCGCCUGGGGCCUGGCGCUCCGGGGGGUGGGGGGGGGGGGUUGGACGCAGAACGUCGGAAGCGAGACGGAACCGUACGGAACCGUGUGCCCUGGUGGAACCAGCUGUUCUCCACGAGGCACCCAUGUGACCUUGGCAGGAAGAACAAUUGGGUUUGCCUGGCCUUCUGACCUGCAGUACCAGAGCUGGCCUCUAGGCAGUUACCUGGAGAGAAUCUGAACCACUUUUUCCAGGAGGAUAUAUGACAACGGUCAUUGCGUCAGGAUUUUACCUCCAACACUGACAGAGUAAGAGGACUACAUCCUCCAAACCAGGACUUCAACUCCCAUCAGGACCAUAUCCCACCCCCUGUGGGAAAAAAUCAUCUGAUGACAUUGGACCAGUAGUGCUGGCCAGUAGUCUAUCUUCCUCCUCCUCUCUCCCUUCAUCCCUCCCUCCUUCCAUCCCACUUCCUCUCCCUCCCUCCUUUUCUCUAUCCCUUAAUCCCUCCCUUCCUUUCCAUCCUCCCUCCUAUCAUCUCUCCCUACCAUCAUCCCUCCCUCCAUCAAUCCCAUCCUCCUUUCCUUUAUCCCUCCCUCCGUCACCAUGGUGAUGUCCCCGGGCACGUCCACCUUCCUGGCGUGCUUCGCGGGCUUCUGGCUGGUGUGGGCGCUCAUUGUGAUGCUGUGCUGCUUCUGCAGCUUCCUGCAGCGCCAGCUCAAACGCCGCCGCGACCAGCGGCUGAGGGAACAGUGCCUCCGCACCCUGGAAACGGAGCCCCACGACUGCCUCAGGGGUUACCCCUCCCUCAGGGAGGCCCCCCAGUUCUGCCCCCCGCACACCCCCUACACCCUGCCCCAGGGCCACUGGGCCGGCGGCCAAGAUACGGACGUGUUCGGGAAGCCCCCCUGCUACGAGGAGGCAGUUCUGAUGGAGGAUCCCCCUCCCCCCUACAGCGAGGUCCUAGCCGAUCCCCGGGGGGGCACUUACACCAAGCCGGCCCCCCGGCCUCCCCGAGACCUCCAGGAGCAUCACCAGGUGGAGACCAGCAAGCCUCCCCCAGCCACGGUGCUCCCCGACCGGGCCUACUCCUCUCUGAUCCGGCUGCCUACCUCCAGGGGCUGGGACUCCCUGGGACACCUGUUCUCCACCAUUGACCUGAACCACAACACACUGGCCUCCCAGCCCCCGGCCUUCCUGCAGGCGUCCGCCAUCGCCACCAUGCCCCGGCAGGGCCGGACUCACCCAGGGCUGGGUCUGCAGGGGCUCCAGGGUCUGAGGGGGCUGGAGCAGAACUGUGGCCUGCCCACGGCCUACCCUCUGCUGGGCCGCAGCACCGCUGUGUAACGGCUGGAGCUCCUGGAGCUCGGGCUGGGGUGGAGGCAGGAGAGUGUGGCUGGGAAUGAGGCUGGUGCUGUAUUCAUGAACAGCUGUGCUGGGUGACUUUCGUUUGAUUUGAACUGAGGAGGUGCCUCUGAAACGCAAGGGAAAGGGAGGGAGGGAUGAAGGGAUUGAGAGAGGGAUGGAGGGAGGGCGGAGGAAGAGAGAACCCCCACAACAAACCCCACACCAGAGACUAAGAGAGAGACAGAAUCCUGCUGUCUCCCCUAGACCCCUGAUGGAUAAAGACACUUUACAAUCCCUCUGUCUCUCUCUCUCUCUCUACAGUCAUCCCUCUCUCAUCCGUCUCCCCCCUCGUCUCCCCCCUCCCCUCGUCUCUCCGCUGUCUGAGUCUUCGCCUGUCUCAUGCAGAGACUCCGCUGAGCGCUGAGUCUGCUGUUGCCAUGGCUCCCGGGAACCGUCUGUAGCCGGCGACGACCCCCCCGCAGGACAUCUCCUCUCUCCACGGAAGCUUCUAGACAUUCUUGACAUGCUCUCAGUCCUCACCAACGACGCCAGGGACCCCAGCGGACAGUUGAGGUGCAUUCACUGUGGGCUCCAGAGAGACAGGGUUGCGCAACCAGUUAAACACCCCGGUCCUUUCUCUCGAGGCGUCGCCGUCAAAACAGGAAGAUCUAUCUGUCUGUCUGUGGCCGACCUGCUGUUAAAACUCUGCGUCAUACUGGAACGAGGGAGAAAAGAGGGACCAAAAAUGGCGGUUGUCGGCCUCCGCCGGUGGUUAGCGACGGCACGGAUGUGUCAGGUGGUCGAGAGGUUGCCGUGGCGGUCUGUGAAUAUCAAUGUGAUGUGAGGGGGGGGGGGGUGGAGGGGGGCUUCUAAUUUAUCAGGCCAAUGAAGAACAGAACACUGGCGGGGGAGGGUGAGGGACAGAGAGACACCGGGAGGAAAAUAUUAAGCGAGAAAGACGAGAGAGAGAGUGGAUGAAAGAGGGCGAGAGAAACAGAAAGGUAAUGGAGCAAAGGGAAGGAGUGAGAAAAAGAGGGGGGGGAGAGAGACAGUGGGAGAGAGAGAGAAUAGGUCUCCUAUUGAUGACCUACUAUGAAUGGGGUAUCCGGUUUCCUUCCUCUUCUGUUAAGCAGUAAUUGACUUCCUGUUGCCCCUGUCCAUCAGGAAGAGUUUUAUGGAAACGUGGAUCUGUUUUCUCUCUGUCUCCGCCCCUCCCUCCCUCCCUCGCUCGCUUACAAUAACUCGGACCUCUCAUCGAGUGCUUUAUGGAAAAAGGAAUCGGCUUUCCUCUCUCCUUUCCUGCACAUCUCUCAAACACAACAUUAUCACAGCCCUGACACCAUAAACACACACAGCACAAACACUCUCAUUCCACACACACAACACAUGGCCACCGCCAUUAAGAGGGCUGUUGCAGAGUUCUACCAACACGAGCUCUCUCUCUCUCUCUGAAGGGCCGCACCCUCCUCCCUACCUUGCAUAGGGAGAAGCAUUUAAGGUGCAUUUGAUUCGCCCCACACAGUUGGCACCUUUUUAUUUGACAUUUCCAAUCGGACGCUUUUUAAUGAUGACAUCAAGUGCUCCUCACUUGUGGAUUUGUGUCUGUGCUCUGGUGUAGGCUGAAUGUUGCCUCGUUGCCUCCCAAAGACCACUUAGCGGUAAGUGUAACUCUGGGCUCCAUGUGACUGCUACCAAGGGCACACAACAGAAUGGAAUAAUUGGCUGCAAUUAGCAUAACCUGAAAGCUGUAGCCAAUGAGAGAAGGUUACAAAACAAGCGCGUUUCUAUGUCAUUAGGGCAUAUUUGUAGCGUGUUUUUCGAUUUAAUUGGUUUGUUUGAAUGGCUGUCAUCGAGAGAAAGGCUGCGGACACGAGGAUGCGCGUGAGGUGAAGAGGUUGGUUAGCGAGCCGUUGAGGAUGAUGACGUUGAGGAUGAAGAAGGGUGAGAUGAAGAAAAGGGGCAGGCACUUAAAAAAAAAAUACUGUUGGUUACUGUUGAGUUAGAAACUAUCUUAGUAGGAAUGUUGGGACAUUGUACUGAAUUCUGGUCUUGUCACAGACUAUCCUUGGGUCACUCGUAAAAGAGCCCUUAUGUCCAAUUUUACUUUCUGUUAUUCUGUUUCUUGAGCAGUGUCUAGGACAGCGAGGAUACAUAGUUCCUAGCAGAAUAGAAAAGAAGAUGAAGAUAUUUUUAUACCAAAUGGAAAUGAAAUAAAGUGUACAGUAUAUGAACUUGCAUUCAGACAAUCAUUUGGAGGGUUCAUGAAUGUUUUCAAGGGAAACAAGAAUAAAGUAUCUAAAUGUCCAUGCUGUAACUAAGUGUCAAUGCAGUAUUUCAUUUAAGGUGUCUGUAUCUAUGAUUAAAUGUUGAACGUUGUAUAUUA